ACUUUGCCUUAGCCUUUGCCUUUGCGAAGCUGGGCCUAGCCUUGCUUUGCUUUGGUUUGCUUGGCCUUUGUCUAUGGCUUUGCCUCGCUGCGUCUGAUUCGUAUUAUUGAGAGCUUCGUUGCUCCACCUCCGUUGCUUUGCCUUGCUUUGCCUGGAGGGCAUCUCCAAUUGUUCACCUGGGGCAUAAUUUCGGUGACGUUUGCCAGGAUCAUUCUUUCCGCGUCGCUGGGCUGCAGAGAUUUCUGGUCUGUGGGUUCCGUUUUCGUGGCGAUCGGUAACGGGUGCUGCGUAAGGCGGCGUGCGGAGAGAAUCUUAGAUUCGCGAGCGUGUAUCGAAUUCUCAAACUCGCUUCGGCUUCAUCUCUCGGUCCUCAAUUGGUCAAUUGCAAGAGAUUUACGAUUGAUGGAUUAGUAGCGCUUGGGGCAAAGGGAAAUUAUGCUGGUGGAGAGACUUUCCAACGUGGCUUGUGUAGCGUGUUCGGCCAGGUGCUUGUUUCCGUUUGCCGACCGUUGCGUGGGCUGUGAAAGGGUGAAGAGUUCGCGGGCAGUCCGUGAUCAGUCAACGUGUUUCGACAACGUUUUUGCGUCUCUAAUUGGCGAGUAUCGCGCGGGAGUUGUUAUUUUUUAAAGCCCUCCGUCUGUUGAUCGGCGUGCAACGUUGUUGCUUCAGUAUCCUACUCGAAUUCGCUCAUGUGGCCUUGCAACCACGCCUUCCUGCUUGGGACCUUUGAGAAUUGUGCUCGUGAGCCUGACGAUGCGCUGAAUUCGAACGAGCAACUCAGCAAUUUGAUUUAAGACGACUGCACGGUGUGAUACAAUUAGUAUAGGCGUGCCUUGGAAGUCGCAAUUGGGGAGUGGGUGCACCAUUUCUGCAAGGGAGGUUGAUAAAAAUAGAUCGGUAUGGCUUCCAGAGAAGGAAUCCUCAGCAUAUGUUGGUUGUAAGGAUUGAAAUGAUUGAAGUGUUUAAAGUAAAGAGAUGUAUGGAUUGGACCUCGUCCAGGGCAAGUGUCGUGGAAGAAGAUGAUGCAGACAAGGGCCAUCGAGGUUGAUUUCGAGGAUGCUGAUACCGAAAUACAGGUGGUAGAUACGGUGCAGUCCAAGUGGCACGAUAUACCCAUGGAGUUGCUAGUUCGGAUUUUAGCACUGGUGGAUGACAGGACGGUAGUGCUGGCUACGGGGGUGUGUGCUGGGUGGCGAGAUUCGAUUUGUACAGGCGUAAUAGGCAUUUCUUUUAAUUGGUGUAAACGGAAUGUGAGCCAACUGGUGCCUUCCGUGGCGCAUAAAUUUUCCCGCGUCGAAAGUUGUAGCAUUCGACGCUGUACGUUUCUGAACGAUGAUGCAAUAAAAGCGGUCGGAAGUCACUGGCAUGAUUUGAGAUCUUUGGACUUGACAAACAGCGCACGCCUUACAAACAUUUCCUUAGUCGCUCUUGCCGACGGUUGCCCUUUACUACAGAAGCUAGAUCUUAGUGGCUGUACUGGCAUAUCUGAAGCUGGACUUGUUGAACUCGCACAGCAUUGCAAGGACUUGCGGCAUCUAAACAUUUGUGGCUGUCAUAACGCCGGCUCUGAUGCUGCUCUGGAGGCUUUGGCUCAAAAUUGCAGUGCUCUCCGUUACUUAAAUGUAGGAUGGUGCGCACAAAUCACAGACGUGGGUGUGACUGCAUUGGCCCUCGGCUGCAGCGAUUUACGAUUUCUGGACUUUUGUGGGUGCCUACAGAUCACAGAUCAAAGCGUAAUUGUGCUAGCCGAUCACUGCCUCCGUCUCCGAGUCCUGGGCUUCCACUGCUGUCGCAACAUCACCGACCUCGCCAUGUACGCCCUCGUAAAUGCCAGCAAACGUAGGGACACGUCCCGGAGCAACAAGCGGUCCAGCAGCACGAGCUUUACCACAAGGGUGAGAGAAGGUGCCGAAUGCUACUCCAGCAGCAGCAGCAGCAGCCGAAGCUCACUCCCAUGGAGCAGUCCAGGAAGCUGUUGCAACGACACCAAUGCCGCGAGCUUCUCCAAAAUCUCAGAUGGGGGCUUCGACACGUCCUACUUGCCAGAUCCUGCAGGGCACGGCUUGGUAAAUCUCAACAUCAGUGGGUGCACGGCCUUGUCCUCCCAAGCUGUACAGGCCGUCUGUGACGCAUUUCCUCAACUUCACACAUGUCCUGAGAGGAACUCGUUACUUAUCGGCGGGUGCCUCAAUCUCACCAGUGUGGGUUGCAUCUGUGUGAUCGAAGCACGCCGCGAGCGGUUGAAUCGGAUCUCUCGUGCUGCCGGCGACCCUUCCUACCCACCUCCUUGGUCAUUGUAAAGCUCGGAUUUUUAGGACGCCAUACAUGGUUUUGCCUUUUGUAUCUUCCGUGUGUAUAGUCUCCUCCCCACAUUCAUGUUUAACAGUGUUGUACAUUACUUAUCCUAUUCUGCUUUCGUUAUUCUCAGUCUGUUAUUACUGUAAGUAGUUCUAUUUUUCUGUCUUUUCCUUUGCUCUGUCUUACACAUAAAUUUUCUUCCUAACUGGGUGGUAGAGGAGGUUCAAGGACAGUGCUCUUUUUGGGGGAGAGACGAAGACGAUCUCGGAACUUCGUUUAUGUCGUGCAAGUUAUAUUUAUUCGGAGAAGCUUUUGCGGUGAGAUCCGAUUACAUUAGCUCGCAGUUGGACGUGAGAGGACAACUUGCACAGUUUUGUUGUUCCCCAACUGGAAAUCAUGCAUUGUUUUAUUUCUGCUGCUGCUGCUUCUUCUUCUU